AUGCACCUUCCGCGCCACACGAUCGAAUCGCACGCCCCAGUUCCUCUGUUUAGCAAUGCCGCCUUCUCAUCGCCCUCGACUGCGGCUCUGGGCGAUACCUUUGGGCCCCCCUCAGGCAGCGGCUAUGCACGCCACAACCAGAGGGCCGUCGAACAGCCAGACGGACCGGCGCUCUCGGACCCCUCCCUAUUCGCCUGCGCGACGCCAUCGGGCUUUCUGGUCGCGCAGUGCGAGCCGCUCAAGGUGGUAGCACGGCGUCACUGGCCUGCAUCUCAGGGAGGGCUCUCGCACGCUGUGCCUGUGCAGCAUUCGUCGCUUCUCGUCCUCGUCGGCGGGGGCCGCGUGCCCAGGUUCGCCCCCAACAAGGUCGUGCUCUGGGACGAACAGGCCGAAAAUGUCCCUUCCGACCCUUCGAAUCGCUCCCGGGGCAGUGGCAAACAGAGGGCAGCGUACGACCCGCCCCGACAUUCGCUCUCGCGCCAGGCAUCGACCGUCUUUUCGGCAGGCUCCAAGUUCGACAGCAUCUUGCACGACGCCCAGCUGACCCAGCACCGAGGCAGUCAACCUCAUGACGACCAGGAAUCUGCGUUCAACAACGACGACGUCAGAGACUGGCAGCGUGCGGCAUCGACAUCGCCUCCCGACAGUCUGCGCUUCUCUCGGACCUCGCUGGUCGACUUCGACGACCUCGAGGAUCAUCGCCAAGGGCGUCCGCUCCCCUCGUUGAACGCAUCAAGGGCGACCCAGACUGCAACCUCGCAUGGCAGAGAGCCAGAAGACGAUGCUGAUCCUAGUUCCGCAAUGGAAGCCAGCUUCGGCGCGAGCUCGAUCGGGAUAGGUCGGCUGCAGAGGGCAUCUCAGACGGACGGCAGCGCGGGCUUGGAAGAGAGCAUGCACAGCAGCCAGCACGGCAUGCGCUCGUCGUCGGCUUCGAUCAUGGCGAGCUCCGCUGGCCUCGACGAUCCCUUCGCCAUCGACGAGCCGCGAUCGAGGUCGCCGUCACCCACCAGCACAUCCUUUAAACCUCUCAAGCAGCCUCUUGACGAGGUUUCGCCGCGGAUCGCCUCCUUGUCGUCGAACGCCUCGCUUCCGGACGCGAGAGCAGAGUCCCGAUCGACGUCGCCGCCCGGAUCAGGCGUCAGUUCCCUCUCCGCUUCGGCCAUUUCCACGGCGUCGGGAAAGAGCACGAGCGCGAGCACCAGCACGAGCACCGUGCUGGACGGCAGCGAAGGCGACACUGCCGGCACCUCGAGACCGAAGCGGGCGCCCGUCAAAGGGCGCGAGGUGGCAGAGCUCGAGUUCGGCGAGCUGGUCCGCGGCAUCCGCGUCGCCACCGUCGCCGCCGCUUCGCCUAGCUCGGCGCAGUCGACGCAGACCGGUGGCACAAGUGCGGCGACCACCUUCCUGGUUGUGCUGCUCUCGUCCAAGGCGAUCGUGUUCGAGCUCUGCCAGCGCUCUCGCGAACAUGCGGGCGGCGGCGGCUGGACCAUCACCAAGCGGGUGGCGGUCGACACCUACCGCAACGUCCACGGCCUCGGCGCCGUCGCUCCGAGCUCGGCCUCGUCCGCCGUCGUGGCCGUGCCUGGGCGGCAAAAGGGCCACGUCCAGAUCGUCCACCUCCAGGCAGCAGCAACACCACCAGGCCGAGAGCGGCCACAAGCGGCGUCUACCGGCGGUUCCGCGACUCCACGCCCAGCCCCUAGCGGAGCGUCGACCAUGAUCGUCGCCCACGAGUCUUCAAUUGCCGCGAUCGCGCUGAGCCCGUGCGGCAAGCUUCUGGCCACCGCAUCGAGCAAGGGCACGCUGCUGCGGAUCUGGUCGACCGCCAGGCCUGCCUCCCAGGGAUCCAGAACGGCUGCGGCUGCCGGGCGUACCGGCUUCGGUGCCUCGCUGGUACGCGAGCUGCGAAGAGGCACCGACCCGGCGCGCAUCCUUGGGGUGGCCUUCGCGCCGGACGCCUCGGCCAUCGCCGCCGCCAGUGACAAGGGCACGGUGCACAUCUUCCAGCUGACGGACGUCGUCGACGGGCAGCGGGGCUCCGCGUCGGCAUCUGCCUCUCCGUCCGCGUCGUCGACGUCCAGCAGAGCGGACGGUAGGGCUGCAUUUGGCAGCACCGCGUCCAAGUACCUGCCGGGCGGGCUUGGGCAGCUGGCCAACCACAUCCCAGCGUCGAUGCUGCCGCAAUACUUCAAGUCCGAGUGGAGCGGCGCCCAGUUCCGCGUGCCGCUCAAGACGUUCGGAGCCGACAGCCGCGCUCCGCCACCGCCGUCGACGCCGUCUUCGUCGUUCCAGGAGAGCGACGAGGCUUGGGCUGGCGGUGGCAACGACGGUGCUGCAACUUCGGCGGCGAGGGCUGCAGGGGCCGUGAGUGCCAGAAGGGACGCGGUCAGGAGCCUGGGCACAGAAAAGUCGACCGACGGCGCCUGGGCCGCCAUGAAGGGCCGGCUCGAAGACAUCCGCAAGGGCGAGCCGGGCGUCGACGAGCGGAUCUUCCUGUGCUGGGUGACGCUGCCCGAGCGAAACGCGGACGAGGCGUCGAGCAGCAAGCCUCGACGGAGGUCGACCGGGCCGCCGCCGUCGCCGUUGUCGUCGUCGAGCUCGUCUGCGAGCGCGGGCACGUCGAUCCGCGACCUGCGGGACCGCUUCCGCCUGAUUGUGCUGACGACGUCGGGCGCGUGGUACAAGGUGGCUCUGCAGCAGCGCGCGUCGGCGGACGGCGACGCCGACAAUAGCAGCAGCAGCGGCGACGGCCAGAGGCACGACGAGGUCAACGACGGGAAGGUUUCGACGGUGCUCGACAUGUACCGCGAGGAUGCGGCCAGCGGCGGCGGCGGCGGGGGCCGUCCAUCGAAGGGCGACCGGCAUGCGCUGGGUUGCAAGCUGGAAGAGUAUCGACGCUUUGGCGAGAGCAUCGACGGGUGGGAGUUUUGA